CUUCCUCUCUCUCUGAUAUCACCCAGCCUAUUCCCAGCAUUGUCCUGAGUGCCACCGCCGGGGACACCAGUCCUGCUAUGUGACAGUCACCAUGGGACCCAUAGGUGCAGCAGGCUUUGUGACGUCGGUCAUUUUCUGCUCCUUCCUAUCGAGGAAUGCCUUGGCCUCCGAUUCCAGGGCUUCUGUUGGAGAUGCAGCCUUAGGAGGUUCAGAGACCAAAUGUCCGACUCCCUGUCUGUGCAGCUUUGAAUACAAUGAUGAGUACAACAUGUUCUGCAGCUCCCGAAAUCUUUCCCUAAUUCCCGAUCAACUUCCCACUAACGUUCGAUCUUUAUGGAUUGAUGGCAACAACCUCACCACUCUGCCAAAGGAGGCGUUCAAAAAUUUGUCUCAGCUCGAUUUUCUAAACCUGCAGAGCAGCCAGUUGCAUAGUUUGGAACAGCAUGCCCUCCAUGGGCUGAAGUCCUUGGCCCACCUACACUUGGAAAGGAACUCGUUGAAGUUUCUGGCUCCCAAUACUUUUCUUCACACUCAGAAUUUGGUGUCUUUGAGUCUCAACAACAAUUACUUCACAAAAAUCGAAGACGGUUUGUUUUCUGGACUUUCAAACCUUUGGUACCUGAAUUUGGGCUGGAAUUCGCUGGUGGUGCUCCCAGACACGGUGUUUCACGACCUGCCGAAUCUCCGAGAGCUUAUAUUGGCUGGAAACCGCUUGACCUAUCUUCAUCCUCCUCUGUUCCUGAGUCUGGUUGAGCUCAAGGAGCUGGAUUUAAGUGGGAACCUUCUGAGGGGAAUAAAGGCUCACAUCUUCACAAAGCUACACAAGCUCCAAAAACUGUAUCUUAACCACAACAUUAUUUCUACGAUUGCGCCAAGAGCCUUUGUAGGCAUGAAAUCGCUCCGGUGGCUGGAUUUGUCUCAUAAUCGGAUGUCAGCUCUUUCCGAAGACACCUUUGUUGGGUUGUUGAGCCUUCAUGUUUUGAGAUUAUCCAACAAUUCCCUUUCAAGUCUUAGGCCUAGGGUCUUCAAAGAUCUCCACUUUUUAGAGGAAUUAAAUCUUGGGUAUAAUAAAAUUAAAAGUCUUACAGAAAGGGCAUUUGAUGGUUUGGGUCAACUGGAGUUUUUGUCGUUAAACCACAACAACAUUCAAGAGAUUCGUCCUGGGGCCUUUUCUGGACUUCUCAGCGUGGCAGUGAUGAACCAUUCUGGGAACUGUCUCAAAACUCUCCAAGAACAUUCUUUUCGAGGCCUUGGAAAGCUUCACAGCUUGCACUUAGAAAACAGUUGUCUCAGCAAAAUAAAACCACACAUGUUCUCAGGUCUUUCAAAUCUCAGGAGGCUCUUUCUCCAGCGGAAUGAAAUUUCGGUUAUAGACGAUAACAGCUUGUCUGACCUUCAAGAUCUGCUUGAACUUGACCUCCGGUUCAAUAGGUUGACUCAGCUUUCGGCCAAAUCUUUCACUGGGCUUAACGACCUCUCUUACCUUCUUCUUUCCAAUAACCAAAUGCUAACUAUUUCUUCAGAGACCUUCAGUCCAUUUCAGAGGCUUCAUUGGCUUGACCUUUCGGAUAACCAACUGAAUUCCAUGGCUGCUGAUGUGUUCCAGCCUUUGUCGCACUUGAGGUAUCUCAGUCUACAACGGAACCCUCUGAAAACCAUUUCUUUAAGUUUCUUGCUCACAAACUCCCCAUUGGAGCAGCUGUGGUUAAAUGGAAAUCAUUGGGAUUGCAGCUGCCCCCUUAAAGACCUCCGAAACUUCUGCUUAAGGAAUGCCACGAUUGUCCCACGGCUGGUGCAGUCGAUGUCAGAGGGUGAUGACAACAGUCCUCCAAGUUACAUCUACAACAACAUCACCUGUGCCAGUCCUCCUGAGGCUGUAGGCCUGGACUUGCGGGAUUUGACUGAUAAACACUUUUCUCAUUGCCCCUGAUAAUAUCGAGUUGGCAAGAUAAAAGAUUUGGUUGAAUCGCAAGAACAAACGUUCUACUUUUUCAUCUAUGUAGAGACAGUUUUUAUAUAGCAUGUCUACAAAAUUAGUUAGAAAGUGGAAUCAUCUCUCAUUUGAAGUGAAUGAAAGUAGAAGGAACACUGAAAAGAGUUUUUUGAUUUUCUGGAUUUCAGAUAGCUCACAGCUAUUUCCUCUUUCUCCAUGGGCUCUUGGCUACUGCAUAGCCAGUUGAGGGCUCAAAAUAUAAAGUAGACUCAAAGUUGUAUCCUGGCCUAGGCCAACAAGGGCAGUAUGAAAAGAGUCCCCGCCGGCUAGCGCUACACUGUUAGUGUAGCGCCAGUCUUAUGGGGCAGACUGGUUUGAAAGGCAAAUUAGUCUAGUGCCCCCAUAUGGGGGCACUAUCUAGUCUAGUGUUUUAUGGGGGCACUAUCCUGGCCUAGGCCAACAAGGGCAGUAUGAAAAGAGUCCCCGGCAAAUUAGUCUAGUGCCCCCAUAAAGCGGCCAC